AUGUGGCUAAUCUAUUUCUUUUUGAUCACAAAAAUUUCCGCGUCAGAUAAUGAGAAAGCCGUUUAUAAUAUGCUAUUCGGGAGCUAUGAUCAGGAUAUCAGACCAACGCCGAUAACAGAUGAUAAUUAUAUAACGAAUGUGACGAUUACCAUAAACUAUUUCGUUCUAUUGACACUCGAUCAACAAGGCGAACAGAUGACUUUCUCGGCGGAUGUGCAAAAGAGUUGGUAUGAUCCAAAUCUCUCAUGGGAUCCGAGCGCAUUCGGCAACACGACAAGAGUGCUUACAGCUGAGAGAUCUCUUUGGCGACCUGACAUUGCUAUUGUUAAUGGUGCUGCUGAGGAGGACGUGAUCGACGCCGACUCACGCUUCUCUGUCGUUUUCAGCGAUGGGACGGUUCAGACAAGUGUGCCGGCUGUUUACACGACAAGGUGCAGUCUUGAUUUGGUCGCUUUCCCGUUCGACUUGCAACAAUGCGAAGUGAAGUUCGGUUCGUGGGUGUACACGGUGAACGAGAUACAACUCAUUGCACAGGAAUAUGUCUUGAAUCCGGGCCCCGAUUACAAGGGAAACAGCGAAUGGACCGUCGAGAACAUCUCCGCCUACAACUAUUUAGACAAUGAUGGGGGAAUGUAUGGGGAACUCCAUUAUGUGAUUGAAUUGAAACGCAAAUCGAAUUACUACAUGUAUGUCUUAUUUCUGCCCACAUUUAUCGUCUCAACACUGGCCAUUUUCGGUCUCUUCACCCCGCUGAAUAAUGAAGGAGAUCGAGCUGAGAAAGCUUCUCUCGGUUUAACAACACUUCUCUCACUUGCUGUCAUGUUAGACAUCGUUGGACAGGAUAUGCCAAAAUCGGCUCCAUUGCCACGCUUGGGUCGCUACGUUCUUGGCGAGAUCGUCAUUUGCUCUUUAGGCGUGAUGGCUUCGAUUUUUCUACAGCCAAGUCGACUGGGUUUACGAGUACUUCGCUCGGCGGACGGACACGAAUUCCAGAGUGCGCUCAAUGAACUUGAAGUAUCACUAAGGAAUGUUUGCGAUUACAUUCGUAAAACGGAGAUCCGUGAAGAGUUCUACAUAUACUGGAUUCGUUUCUAUGACGUCAUCGACUUGGGUCUCUUGUUCGUUUUCCAGGCAGCGAAUGUCAUUCUAACAAUUGUCAUUGUGUUGAUG